AUGUCUGAAAUUCAAUUUCAAAAAAAACCAGAAGUGCCACACUAUAUUUAUAGAGAUGAGUUGAUCAAGAAGCCAUCAGCUCUUAAGUUAAGAAAAAGGGUACACUUUGAAAUCGAAUCAAAGCCAUUGCUGGAAAGAGAAGAAAGCGGGAAGAAUCAUGAGAGUAGAAAAAGUACGACUCGUUGUGAACAUGUUGAGAAGGAGAAAUUAUCCAGGACCAAAGUGAAGAUAUUGAUGACUAAAGAAGAGGCUGCUCGAUUGCUAUCAAAAGUUAAAGAUGGAGGGGUGCUUGAAUUCAAGGAUGUAGCUCGAGAGCUCACUCAAAUACCCGUUAAUCGUGUUAACUUCGUCUCUUCUUGA